AUGGUGGAGGUGAAAAUGGUUUCGCCAUUGAUAAUGAUUUCAACGACGUUUCUAUCAGGGAUCGCAGUAAAGCUUACACUGUGGCCAUCUUGAAGAAGAAGAGCUGAAUCGAGAAAGUAUUGAAUGUUAGCGACUCGAAAGCAUCACAAAUAAACUUCAGAGACACAAAGACAGGAGAGGAGACGAGAUAAUUAUAUAACAUGGCAUUGUGUGCUUGAAAUAUCGCGACUAUCUUCUGUGUGCGACGUCGUGGACAGUGAACCGACCUUUUUGGUAUCAUUUCCUUGUCAUAAACCUACUCAAACGGAGAUUAGCGUAUCAUAGUUCCGUGUUCAUGACAUUGUCUGCUCGACAGAAACAGUUCAAACAUAAUCUAGACACGUCACCGUGUUUUGUUUAAUUGCGUGAUAAAAAGCUUGUUUGAACUGCAGUUUCGAUGAAACGAAUGGGGUAAAGCGUAGAAAGACUGUUGUAUGAAACUCUUGGUACAUGUAAGAAAGAAGGUAAACACGAUCAAGCGACAAACUGAGUGUAUAUAUAUUGGCGAUAUCGAGAGAAAUAUGCGAGGAUUAUGUAUCUGGUGGUGAUACGGCGAACAAGUUUCAGUUAUUGGAUCGUGUAAGAAGAAAUGGACGCAUCUAGUUAAAGAUAGGAGCAUGUUGAGCGUGCAGACGAAACUCUCAAAUGAAUGCCAGCGUUGUUCCUGUGUGUCCGAGUUGUGUGCUCCGGCAACAGCGAAUGAAACUGGAUCAAAUAUCAUCCUUGAACUUCCGCCUGCUUAUGCCUUCCAUAUGCCUUACCAAAAUGACCUUUACCUUGGCUACCGUUACGACCCUGAUCGGCUCUCACGAACCAGUGUAUCUGGUGGCUCUUGCAAAACUGGCUGCUCCCGUGACCAUAAAGAACACCACUUGCUUCACUCGGGUCUGGGGCAACAUGACGCAGAUGAGCUCCAAGAAAUCAUAUUUGAGAACUUACCUUCGACUACGUCUAUAGAAAUGUCAUCAAAAAACGAGAAAGCAGAGAAUUUAACUGUCGAAGUUCAACAAACUACGCAAAGUUCGACAUUAUGCAAUGUGUAUAAACCAACAACUCAAUCUUCAACUGCGUCGAAUGGAACCCCUUCAAACCUGAAUGAAACGAGCAAAAGCUUUCAAUCUCCUUUCAAAAGAAAACAAAGUUUUUCUAGAGAAGAUGAUGUCAGCAAUUAUUGCAAACCAGCAACCGGCUCAUCGUCUGAUGCAAGCAACCAUCCAUCAUCCAGCUCCAAUUUGGAUCACCUAACGACAAAGAAAGCUAUCAAAGAACCUUUAAAAACUCUUGAAUCAACAAACAACAGUUUCCUUCCUCCUGUUGGUCCAAAUGACUUUCAAUUGACCAUUUCACUUUCCCAGGAUCCUUGGGAUAUGUCGACGCAAGAUGCAGAAUGGUUGUACAUUGAUAAAAACGGAGAACAGUUGCCUCUGAAUCUAAAUACAUCAUUGCUGCUGGAUCAUAUUCAUAAUUCAUGUACCCAGUUCAAUUCCAAAGUCAGAAUGAGCUUGCCAGAGACAGGCAAAAUGUACGAUAUCAAUUUUAGAGAACUUGAGAUGACUGACGUAUGUACUGGAGAGAAAACCGCGCUGCUUAGAAAGUCUUGGACACCUGGUAAACCACUUCAAGCUGAAAAUGAAAGUUUUUUUCCGACGAGUUGGUCCCCUCAAAAUCAUGAUAUCGUGUUGGUUACACUAGAUCAAAAAACCGAGGAACAUCGCACGAUCAGAAACACCUUUCUUCGAACCAUGCCAGAGUGCUGUGUCAUUGGCAUUGAGCGAAUACAAAAUAAGAAACUCUUCAUAAGAUAUUCCUUUCAGAAAGCUGUCUUGUUGGAGAAAGUUUCAGGGAGCGUUGAGGGUCUGAAUGAAAAGAUGCUGUUUCACGGAACGAGCAAAACUCCUCCGAAAAAAAUCUGGCAAAGCGAAGAUGGUUUUGAUUUGCGUUACUCACGGCGCGGUAUGUGGGGAAUUGGUUCCUACUUUGCCCAAAAUUCCUCGUACUCCGACAAUUACGCUUACAUAUAUUCUGGGAAUUAUCCGGUCUUCCGGGAAAUGAUUGUAGCCAACGUUCUGACAGGGAAUUCUAUAGAAAUGCAAUCAAAUAAUAAAACGAGAAAACUCACUCGUCCGCCCGUAUUUACACAGGCGACGCAGAAUAAUCCCGAAGUACUUUACGAUUCCGUAACGGGAUUUACCGGAGGCAGCCGAAUAUACGUCCUCUAUAAGUUUGACAUGGCUUACCCAAGUUAUUUAAUUCGCUAUUUCCAUCUCAAACCGGGCUGAUAUAAAUGGAUGUAACCUUGUAUCCUCAAACACGAAGGCUUGGCUUCUCGUAAACAUCGACGUGCUCCAGAUCUAUUGCAUGCCUCAUCAUUGUUUGAUCUGAUGGACGACGUAGUGCUUUUGAUCCGUCCACGUUCUCUCAAUGGUAGCGCAAGAGAAGUCAGAACUGAACCUCGCUAAAGGCACACACGUCCGGUUUGGAUACAUAACGAAACAAUGGUAAAAAUUACCAUAAAUAAAACCCUACACUUAAAACCUCAAAAAAGAGACUCGUGAUAUAUUAUUAAUAAUCCUAUACAUUUUGUACUAUAAUAAAAUU